AUGAUAUUAAGCAACCGACAACAACAACAACAACAACAACAACAGCAACAGCAGCAGACGCAACAACAGCAACAACAACAGCAGCCACAAGGUGGGCACUCUUCUCUGCUCACCAGUUUGAUCAAUCAUCGGCGACAGCAGCUGCAGCACCACAAGAAACCACCACCAGCAGCAAAUGAUGUAGCAGAACGGAACCAUAACAGCAAUGGUGUCGAUCGGGAAGAGGAAGACGAUUCCGGCUCGGAACGAACGUCGCCGUCGCGUUCGUCUAACUGAAACGUCGCGCCGGGCAAAUGGCCGGAUCCACUCUCGUUCGGUCAUUUGCCGGUUUGUGUCAGAUAGGAGGAGGUUAGGGGGAACGGACGGGUGCGAGCAUUCCUGAGUUUCAGGAAGAAGAUUCAUUUAAGCAUUUGGUAGCGUGAAUACCAAAAAGAAAACAUAACAAUUGUCGAGGUUGCAGACUUUUCACACAACAUACACAAAGCAAGCAAACAAAAAUAGCAGUUAGGAAAUCACACACUUUAACGCAGAUAACGUUUUUUUCGAAACGAAUCGGACAGAUCUUAACAGUAAAUUUCACACUCACCCAUCCGACACCUUCACAGAGUGGCGUUCACACACACGCAUAGCAGCAAGCGCAGAGCAGUUAUGGUGGUGUGUGAGUUGCCACGACAACGACGACGACAAAAGAAGUGUGAAGGUGAUCGAAGAACGGUAAGUAAGAGACAAAGAUCCGUCGAAGGGACAAUUUUCGAGAAAACGGCGCAUAAAUCUUCUUAAGACCUUAAGACAACAGGACCAGAAUUCGAACACAUUUAAAGAGAAAAAGAAAAACAAUAAAGGUUCAAAGGAAACCCGACAAAACAGCAGCAAACACACAUUACCAAUAGAAGGAAACAGCAGAAAGAAAGAAAAAAACCCAAAACGGACAAGAAGCAGCGAAGGAAAUAUUUCUCAAUACAAAGUGGGGAAAGAUUGAAAUUAACAAAACAAAAAAAUUAAAACAAACAACACAUCCAUCUCCGGUGAAGGAGAGAGAGAGUCUUCGGUACUGAUGAUGGUGAUGAAAGAGAGAACUGUUUGAACGAUGGGGAGAAGGAAAUGAGAGAGAGAUUUUCAUCAUUUUUUACAGAUUUGGUUUUGAUUUGUUCGUGCUGUUUUUGGGUAAGUUUAAGAUUGUUUUCUUUGGUUUCCGAGUUUUUGAGUCGAAAAAUCUUUCUUUUAUGUGAUGUGAUUGUGGUCUUAACGACCUGAGGUUUGGCAACACUGUUUCAAUGUCAUUUUCUUCGAUUUCUAUUGUUUUCAUAGAUUUUCGAUGCAUUUCUGAUACUAAAUAAGACGAUCAGUGCACGGUCGCAACAUGGCGACCGUUGAGAAGAUUUUGUGGAAUGCUUUUUGGCAACACGGUGCCAAUGACUUUAAACACAAUUGUGAAAUGCCAUUUUUAGACGGUAUUCAUGAGUUCCCAGUGUGUCAUAAACUCCUGAACUGAGUUUUUUUUGGUCGUUUUCAUCGGUAGAAAUGAGUCUUUACAUGGCGACCGUAAACCCCAAAUUUCAGAAAUUUUCUGUCACUUAGAAUGCUGUCAUAUUGUCAUGGCCUACUGUUGCGUCCUGACGACAAUGUUCUUCUCCGAAAAAGGCACCACGCCUACUUCGAUCGACUUCUUUUUUAACGCUUUGAGAUUCUCAGUUCCACACUGAGAAAAAUUCUCACGUGUAAAUCCCAUUGACAGCGUGACAAUUUCCGGCCACAAUGCUGCGUCGUCGUUCUUUAUCUUUGUGGUGGUGUAGGUUGCUGCGACGACAGACAGACCCACACACACACACACAUGUUAAUCAAAAAGGAAACCCCGUGCAUGAUCUUCUUAAUUAUCAUCUUAUGCUAUACGUUUUACUGUCGCAAAAACAUACGUUUUUUUCCAUGCAUAUUUGCAUCUUACAAACACCCACUCACACACACACACGCACGCAUACGUUGAUGUAGUUUUUAGGUAAUCCAACAAACACACAAAACCGCAGUCGCGCAUCUUUUUUUUUCUUUGUUAUCUAGAGCAAGCAACAGCGUUUUGUUUCUCGUUUCAUUUGCAAGAAGGUGUUUGUGAGAGCGGUUUUUUUCGAAUGAGUGUUAGCGCGAUGAGAGCGAAUGAGAAUGAGAUCUAUUUGAGGUAAAAAUCAGACAAAGUGGUGUACUAGAUUAGCGCCCAGAGAUUAGUUCAUUAGCUGAUAGAGAAGAAAGAAGGAAGGGAAGGAGAUAACAAAAAAAAAGAAACAAAACAACCGGUUAGUAGAUUAUCGAGAGAGAUAGAGGAGGCAGGAGAAAAUGAUGAAGCUGAAAGGCGAGAGAAGUUAUUUCGUAGUGAAAACAAUAAUUAAGUAAACAAGGGGAAUCGUCGGAAUCGCGAUUGAAAGUGGUUUUCGAGUUUCCUUUUUUUUCAUAUUAAACAAAUGAUUAACUAUGAUUAGUUAUUAUUUUCCUGAGACGAGAAAUCUCUUAAAAAUAUAUUUUCUGACGAUUUAUUUUUGCUGAUAGAAUUUUCUUUAUUUUUUAUUACUGAAUAACUAAUGAUUAAUUUAAUGUUAAGUUAGUAGAGUCUCUACUUAGCUGAGAGUGGUGUGUAUGUGUGAAUGCGGGCAGCGGUUUUUGACGGAGCGAAAUCCGCUGCAUGGCGAGCGAGGCGAAAACAAGAGAAAUUAAUACACAAAAAGUAAGGAAAUUAUUUAGUAGUGUAAGAGUGCAAGCGAGCGACUUUCGGGUAGAACAGAAAGAGGACUAGGAAAAAACUUGAACUUCUGAUGGAACACGACCGAAAGGUUGAAUUACAACUGAAACAAAAGAGAAAAAAAAACAGUAAAAGAGAAUAAGUGAAUUAAAAAACGCAUUGAAUAAGAUACAAGUUUGAUCGUAAGUUUAGCUAACACGGACACACUUAUCUCUCAAUGUAAAUAUUAAACGGAUGAAGAAUACCCUAGACAACAACAUCUACAAACAGCAGAAACUCACAAAUACACAGAAACACAUAAAAGCAGUGGUAACCAAUUCGGUUCCGGUCCGUAUACAUAUAUUCGAAUACAGCUAAAGCCCGAUAAGCGUUUCUCAGCCAGAGCCCGAGUUCCCCAACGGGGGACUCCAUCCGACCUACUUUUACUUUUCUUUCUUUGAGAGUUUGACAGAUCGAACGCUGGAAACAGAAAAUGAACAAAAAAUAUACCUAUAAAUAAAGGAAAACACGCAUUAUAAACAAAUUAUUACAAACAAAAAAGGAAAAAGUAAAUAAUUAACAAGUAAGUUUUAGUGAAAAUAAAAAUCCAGAUAAAUUAAAACAAAAGUAAAAACAUAGCGGGAUGCGAUCAAAACAAAGGAAUCAGUAAAAAAACGAGAGACGAGCAGAACUCUCUCGGAUUCUUACACUCGAGCAAAACAAGUAAUGCCACACCAACAACUACCAGCAUGUUGAUGGAUCCCCCCAAUAAGUAUUUAAAAGUACACACUCAGACACACACAAUACAGAAAAAAAACAACAUCCAUACGAACAAAACAAAAAUCGGUUCAGAAAAAAGACACAUUUGAGAAGUAAAGCAGAAACUAUUUAGCGACCGGUAGAGAACUUGAGCAAAACAUUAAAAUAACAAACUAAAGCAUAAAUUCAACAACAUCAACUCCGAUAAAAUACAGACGCGCUGACAAGGGAAAACGAAAUUGAAGUUGAGAGGAACACACUCGAACAAUACUACAUAAGAAAACAAAAAAAAACACGAGAAAGACAAACGUAAACAUAAAGAAACUCAAAACAAAAACACAACACACACACACUCACACAUACAAACACUAAAAAGAAGAAGGAGAAGAAGUAACCCGGUACGAGAGGAGAGACGACGGGAAACACACAGUACACACACGGAUACAUACAUACAUAGGAACAAGCAAACAACAAACACAACAAAACAAAAAGAAGAAGCAAACAAAAAAAAAUACAACAUCUCGAUCCCCCCUUCUUUUGUAUAUGUAAUAAUGUACGUACGUUAAACACAUGUAAUUUUACUGAAGACAAAAUAAAAUGAAAUUAAUUGAAAAAAAAACUAAAAAAAAAAUGA